AUGUUAAGCCACUGUGGAAUGCUGGAAUUUCCAUUUACUGGGAAUAAGCUUUCAUGGGUGGGGAAAAGAUCAAGAGGAGUAACUGUUAGAUGCAGAUUGGAUAGAGCACUGGGUAAUGAGGAUUGGAAUGAAAAGUUCCCUCACACCGCGACGAAGUUCCUUAGGCUGUGGGGAUCGGAUCAUCGUCCGAUCCUUGCGGAUAUUCUCACAAAGCCACAAGUCGAGGAGCUAAAGGAGAAGGUGGAGGGACUGUAUUUGGAUGAUGAUGCUACUACAGAGGAAAUAUCUGAAGCUCUGAAGGAACUAUCUGCUGCUCUUAAGGCAGAAGAGAUGUUUUGGAGACAGAAAAGUAGGGUUCUUUGGUUAAGGGAGGGCGAUCGGAAUUCAAAAUAUUUUCAUGCGUUGGUGAAGCAAAGAAGAGCAAGGAAUAGGAUAAAGCAACUCCUGGAUGAGAAUGGAAAUAUAGUGGAGGAUGAGGAGGGGCUAGUAGCCAUUGCUACUAGUUAUUUUAGGCAAAUAUUUGAAUCCUCUGACCCAGAGGAUAUAGCUGAGGCACUAUCAGAGGUUCCAACAACGAUCACAGGAUCAAUAAAUGCCGACCUUACAGCCCCUGUAACUGAAUGGGAGGGCCUUAAUGAUACAAAUAUUUGUUUAAUCCCUAAGACGACAAAGCCGAAUGAGAUGACAAAAUUUAGACCUAUUAGUCUAUGUAAUGUCAGCUACAAGAUAAUAUCUAAGGUCUUAUGCCAAAGAUUGAAGAAGGUUCUCCCACAGAGAAUAUCAGAGACCCAGUCAGCCUUUGUUGCAGGUAGACAGAUCACGGAUAAUAUCAUGAUAGCUCAGGAGAUGUUCCAUGCUUUGAGAACUAAGUCGGGAGGAAGGGUUAAAGGAAUGGCUAUAAAGACUGAUAUGAGUAAAGCAUAUGAUAGGAUGGAAUGGUCAUUCAUUGAAGCAGUCAUGCGAAAGAUGGGCUUUUCCGAGAUGUGGAUUGACUGGAUUAUGCGUUGCAUUACUUCGGUCAAGGUCCCAGAGAAUGUUAGACAGCAGAUAAAGGACACUCUUGGUAUACAAAAUGAAGGUGGGAUGGGCUCAUAUCUAGGAAUCCCAGAGGAUAUUAGUGGUUCAAAGUGCAAAUUAUUUGCCUUCCUCAAGGAGAAGCUCCUACAUAGAGUGAAUGGCUGGACUGGUAGAUGGUUAUCUAAGGGUGGGAAGGAGGUUUUGAUUAAAUCGAUAUUACUAGCUCUCCCGACCUAUGUUAUGUCCAGCUUCCUGCUUCCUUUGGAGAUAUGUGAGAACCUAGCAAGUGCCAUUGCACAGUUCUGGUGGAGCUCGAAUCCUCCGAAAAGAGGAGUUCACUGGGCAAAAUGGGAAAAGAUGUAUGCGCCUAGAGAAGAGGGAGGAAUUGGUUUCCGUAUGAUCCAUGAAUUUAAUCUAGCUCUUCUAGCUAAGCAGCUAUGGCGGCUUGUGCAAUUUCCGGAUUCACUAGUAGCGAGAGUUCUCCGAGGAAGAUAUUACCGUCUCAGUUCGCCGUUGCGAAUGGGCACUGUAGAUACUCCAUCUUAUGUAUGGACAAGUAUAUCUGCCGCGAGGAAGUUAUUGCUUCUGGGAAUUAGAAGUAAGGUGCACUCAGGGUACGAAAUUCAUGUGUGGGAAGAUCCUUGGAUCCCUACGAUGCCAGCUAGGCCGGCGAGUGCCCGAGCUCCAGCAGUGAAUCCUAAGAUGCUUGUAAGCAGCCUUAUUAAUUCUGUCACCAAAGAGUGGGACACUCGAUUACUGGAGCAAUAUGUAGCUCAAGAAGACAUCCCGAUGAUUCAGAGUUUGGCCAUUAGUCGUACUCAUCGACGUGAUACAUUUUGCUGGAGUUACACAAAGACUGGACAAUAUACUGUCAAAUCGGGAUAUUGGGUUGCGACAAACUUGAUGAAAGAUGAAGAGGAGUUAGAAGUUCUACAGCCGAUCAUCAUAAAACUUCAAGCCUUCGCUUGGAAGGUGAACGCGCCACAAAAGAUCUGCCAUAUUAUAUGGCAACUAAUAUCUGGACAGAUAGCCGUAACAAGAAAUCUGGUACGACGCAACAUGAGAUGUGACAAUUACUGCCCAAGAUGUGGAGCGCCAGAAGAGACCGUUACUCAUGCUAUCUUUGAGUGUCUACCGGCCUUACAAGCAUGGGAGUUAUCACAAACACCAUCGAGCUCUGGAAUCUUUCUUGUAUCGAGUAUUUACGCUAAUAUGGACUUCCUUUUUUGGAGGAAAAAUGAUAUUCUGGAACCAGAAGAGGACAGAGACCCUUAUCCUUGGAUAAUUUGGUUUAUCUGGAAAGUUAGGAAUGAUAAGUUGUUUAGAGGCAUAAACAGAGAUCCAUUGGAGCUAGUCAGGUAUGCAGAGAGUGAGUGCCAAGCUUGGUACAAUGCAAGAGACUCGAUGCCGGUUCUGCCAAAUGUACAGACUAUUGAAGAACCACAAGUCUUAAGCUUGGUCUUCGCAGCGCUUUGUUGUGGUCAAGAUCUCCUCAUCAGUCUCAUAAAGCGAAGGUUAAGUGGGAGGGCUUGUGUUACCCGAAAACCGAAGGAGGCCUUGGGCUGCGUAGGCUUCGUUCUUUUUGGGUCUCUUGGGUUCAACAACCUCUUGAGACAUAGUUCGUUUUGGGAUGCUAAAGAAGAUGCCAAGAGGUCUUGGAUUUGGAGGAAGCUUUUAAAACUGAGACACAUAGCAUACCCUUUCUUCAGGGUUCAGACUGGAAAUAGGCAAAACACACUUUUCUGGUUUGAUGACUGGCUGAAAAUGGACAAACUUAUUGAUAUUACAGGACACACGCUAUCUCAGUGUGGCAUAGGGAAUGCGAGGGUAUGUGAAGCUGUAUCGCUUGAUCAGUGGUUAGUUAGAGGACACAGAAGUCGCCUUUUUCAGGAUCUACAUGCUAAGAUACAAGCAGUACCCGUCCCAACCAUCCAGCACAGCGAUGAUGUAAUUCUCUGGAGACAUUCUCCAGACAAUUAUAAUAAACACUUCUCAACUACUUGGGAUCAGGUCAGAAGCAAGCGGGAAGAAGUUCCUUGGAGUAGCAGUAUAUGA